AUGUCCUUCUUCGGCUUCGACACCGCCCUGCCAAGGGACAAGCCUGCCAUCCGUCCAGGCCAGCAGCCUCACCACGCCAGCUCGGCCUUCGACCCCACCUUUGACCCCACUGGCGGCAUCGACGACGAUGACACCCUCGACGCAAAGAUCAAGGCACUCGCCGCCGGCGCACAGGAGGAUGUGGAAAUCUACACAUGGGGCCAGGAGGGAUACGACGGCCUCGGAGACAAGCUCGACGAGGCAAACGACGACUUCAACGAAGACACCUUUGGCGACCUCGGUGGCGAUGUCGGCAAGGACUUUGACUUUGGCGCCGCUGCCGGACUCGAUCCCGUCAAGCCCGGCGCCAAUCACCAGAACAACAAUAACAACAACGUCAAUUGGCAGGCCCAGCAGCCGCAGCACCAGCAGCAUGCCGGAAAACGCGACACCGCAUCCGCCUUUGCCACCACCCUGGACGAGUUCUGGAUGACGCCUCCCUCCCGUUUCGGCGCCCGCGACGACCGCCCGACGACUUCGCAGCCCCAGCAGCAGCAGCAGCAGCAGCAGUUGCCCAAGCAGGCCGCUCCCCGUACGCUCGAGGAAGUUGAGGCCGAAAUGCUUGCAAUGAGGGGCAAGGUUCAGCCUAGCCAGCCGCCGCAGCAGCAGCCCGUGGAGGCCGAGUCGCAGGGCCGGGGGAAGCCCAUGACGCUCGAAGAAGUCGAGGCAGAGAUGCUGGCGCGUCGUGGCGCGGUUGCCCCCGUCCAGAACGCAUCACCCGCUACCAGCGUGCAAGACCCAAAUCUUCCCGUCGGACUUUCGGCACUGAUGCAGCAGCAGCAGCAGGGUGCGUUCCCUCCGGGCAUGCCGCCACCGCCGCCUGGCUACUCGCACUCGCCCCAGCCGUCGGUGGGUCUGCCUGGCAUGCCGCCCAUGGUACCUCCGCCAAACCUGCGCAUGAUGCCAGGACAACAGCCUCCGACCGCAGCGGCCAUGCAGGCAGCCCAGCAGCAGGCGCAGGCAGCCCACUUCGCCCGCAUGCGCGCCCUGCUCGAGGCUAUGCCCCCGCUCGUCCAGCAGAGCAUCCUCUCGCUCCCGCCACCCAUGCAGUUCGAAUCGCUCGAGAGCGUCGUCGUUGCCUACCCCGGCCUGUUGGACCCCAGCCAGCGCGAGGGCGCACCCGGCUCCGCCGCCGAGCAGGAGGCCGUCAAGUUCAUGAUGGUUAAGGCCCAAGCCCACAUCGCUGAGCUCGAGCGGGCCGAGGCCAAGCGCAAGAGGCGGCUCGACAAGAUCGCUUCCAUGGCGCGCUACAACGGCCUCAUGUCGGGCUCGGACAAAGAUUUCAUCACCCGAAUCCAGAUCAGCCAGCUCAUUACCGCCGACCCGUACGCCGAUGACUUUUACGCGCACAUCUACUUUGCGCUGCGAGGCGGGCCGAUGCGACCGGGCGUCCCCGCCGCUGUGGUCCCCUCGGCCGGCAACAACAACGGCAACGGCGCCGGAACUAAGCAGGGCAAGGGCAAGCAGCGGCUAAACAAGCAGCAAAACGCGAUGCUGCGGAUGCAGCAGCAGGUGGAGCGGAUCGUCCAAAACCGCAAGGAGCGGAUCGAAAAGAGCGCCAGCGGCGCCGCUCUCGAGGGCGCGCUGGGCCGCGUCAGCCUGAGUAGCACCAAGAACCCCAGGCAGAUGCUCCAGAUCAACGCCUCUGAGGCGUCGCCCAAGGCCGGGACCGCCGCCACCACCAAGGGCCGGGAUAGCCCGGGCGCCGGCCACGCGCGCGACGCCGUCAAGCAGGCGCUCGAGGGCGCCAGCCUCGGCCGUGAGGGCGCCAACGGGCAGCGGAGGGAUCCGCUCGGCAAGCACGAGGUGCUGCGGAUCCUAGAGAACCUCUACGACACAGUGCUCGCGCUCGAACAGAAGCGCCGCAAUGCGCCUCCCGCUCCCGCUGGCGAAGCUGCUGGUGGUGGUGGCGGUGGUGACGACGGCGAGGCAUCCAAAGCGGCAGCGGAUCCGGCGGCCGACCAGGCGCGUGAGGCGUACGAGGCGUGGCAGGCCGAGCAAGCUGCGCUGACGGCCAAGCUGUGGAAGGAGCUGCGGGUUCUGGAGCCGCUCGAGAUUUCGGACCCGCACCCCUUCGUCUCGCUGCUGUCCUGUGCCAAGGGCAAGCGGCUGCUGCCGCGUGCGUUGCGCCACCUGACGCCCGAGCAGACUUUGACGGCGCUGACGAUGGUGGUAGCGUCGUUUGAGACCCUCGACGUGGUGCGGCUGGCGCCUCUGCUCGACGACCCGACCGACGACGCGGCCAGGACCGAGGCCAAGAACGACGUCGAGAGGCAGACCGAGACAUUUGCCACGACGAUUGUGCCGAGCAUGAUGCAGCUCGCCGCCACGGCGCCGAUGCGCAUCGUCAGCGGCAUGCUGGCGCUGUUCGUCGAGCGCAACGAUGCGGUGCGCGUGGCGCAGACGCGGCCGGGCGUGGCAUUCCUCACCAUUUUCCUGUCGCGCGCUGAGACGCUGCGCCAGGGCGGCGGCGCGGCGGGCGGCGAGGAGCCAUCGGCUGACGAGUUGGACCAGUGGAAACAGAUCUUCGGCUUGCUGUUUUCCCGCCUGACGGCGGGCGGUAAGCUGCCUACUCUUUUCCCAUCAACGCGCGCUAAGGCAGCUUUACCGUUCGGAGUGGGCUACUACCUCUCGGGCGGCCUCGGUGGGGCCACAUCGGGACUGACGUCGCAAAUGUCUUCAGGAGGACGAUACCGCAAUGCCGACGUCGAAGACGAGCCCGUCUGGAACCUCAUGGCCGCCCUGGCCGUCUCGGCGGGAAUGGAGCAGCAACAGGUCCUGGUUCAGGAGCUCCGCGAGAAGAUUCUCGAAAACGUCGUUUCGGCCAAGGAGUGGAGCAAGCGCAACGGUGGUGCCAACGCGGCUGGAGAUGAGCUCGGUCCCGAUCUGAGGAUCCGAAACGUCAACCUCCUCCUUCAUGCCCUCAAUCUCGACGCUGCUCAGAUCACCGUCUAG